ACAAUUCCCAGAGGGUUGUGCGGCCGGGAGCCUGAGGCUGCUUCUUCAGAGCUCCUGGGCUCUAGGGUCCUGGGGUCUGUUCCUGUGGGCAAAGUGGCCUGACUUGGCGGGAGGCGCGGCCCAGUGAGGGUUGUACCUCCUAGGGCGGCCCCGGGACGCCAGUCUUGGAGGCAGGGGUCACUAGGGUUGUGGAGAAAACUAUGAACAUAUCAGAGAAUGUGCUCUCUACGGAGUCCUCAUUAGCAUCUCAGGUUCAUGCCGCUGCAGUUAAUGGAGAUAAAGGUGCCCUUCAGAGACUCAUUGUUGGAAACUCUGCUCUUAAAGACAAAGAAGACCAAUUUGGGAGAACACCACUCAUGUAUUGUGUGUUGGCAGACAGAUUGGACUGUGCAGAUGCCCUUCUAAAAGCAGGGGCAGAUGUCAACAAAACCGACCAUAGCCGGAGAACAGCCCUCCACCUUGCAGCCCAAAAGGGAAAUUACCGCUUUAUGAAGCUCUUGCUCACUCGCAGAGCGAACUGGAUGCAGAAGGACCUAGAAGAGAUGACGCCUCUGCACCUGAGCACCCGGCACAGCAGCCCCAAGUGUCUAGCGCUCCUGCUGAAGUUUAUGGCGCCCGGGGAGGUGGAUACACAGGACAAAAACAAGCAAACGGCUCUGCACUGGAGCGCCUACUACAACAAUCCCGAGCACGCGAAGCUGCUCAUCAAGCACGACUCCAACAUCGGGAUUCCUGACGUGGAGGGCAAGAUCCCCCUCCACUGGGCAGCCAACCAUAAAGACGCGAGUGCCGUGCACACAGUGAGAUGCAUCCUGGAUGCCGCCCCAACAGAGUCUUUAUUGAACUGGCAAGACUAUGAGGGCCGCACACCUCUGCACUUCGCAGUUGCUGAUGGAAACCUAACGGUGGUGGAUGUCUUGACCUCCUAUGAAAGCUGCAACAUAACAUCUUACGACAACUUAUUUCGAACCCCACUUCACUGGGCAGCCUUACUAGGCCAUGCACAGAUUGUCCAUCUCCUUCUGGAAAGGAACAAGUCUGGAACCAUCCCUUCCGACAGCCAAGGGGCAACACCCUUGCACUAUGCAGCUCAGAGCAACUUUGCUGAAACAGUUAAGGUGUUUUUAACGCACCCUUCAGUGAGAGAUGACUCUGACUUGGAAGGAAGAACAUCUUUCAUGUGGGCAGCAGGAAAAGGCAGUGACGACGUGCUCAGAACUAUGCUCAGUUUAAAAUCGGACAUCGACAUCAACAUGGCCGACAAAUAUGGAGGCACAGCUUUACACGCCGCUGCCCUUUCUGGCCACGUCAGCACCGUGAAGUUGUUAUUGGACAAUGAUGCCCAAGUAGAUGCUACUGACGUCAUGAAACACACUCCACUGUUCCGAGCCUGCGAGAUGGGACACAGAGACGUGAUUCAGACGCUUAUUAAAGGCGGAGCACGAGUCGACCUGGUUGACCAAGAUGGACAUUCACUUCUACACUGGGCAGCACUGGGGGGAAACGCUGACGUCUGCCAGAUACUGAUAGAAAACAAGAUCAACCCAAACGUGCAGGACUACGCAGGAAGAACCCCACUUCAGUGCGCUGCGUACGGAGGGUACAUCAACUGCAUGGCUGUGCUCAUGGAGAACAAUGCAGACCCCAACAUCCAAGACAAACAGGGACGAACAGCUUUGCACUGGUCCUGUAACAACGGCUACCUCGAUGCCAUUAAACUACUGCUGGACUUCGCUGCUUUCCCUAACCAGAUGGAGAACAAUGAGGAGAGGUACACACCCCUUGACUAUGCAUUGCUUGGUGAGCGCCAUGAGGUGAUCCAGUUCAUGCUGGAACACGGUGCCCUGUCCAUCGCAGCUAUUCAAGACAUCGCUGCCUUCAAAAUCCAAGCGGUCUACAAAGGAUACAAGGUCAGAAAAGCCUUCCGAGACCGGAAGAACCUCCUCAUGAAGCACGAACAGCUGAGAAAGGACGCUGCAGCUAAGAAGCGGGAGGAGGAAAACAAGCGGAAGGAAGCUGAACAGAAAGGACAGCCGGACACAGAUCCUCCCAGGCCCCAAGUCCUCCCCUGUCCACCCAGCCCCCAGAAUGAGCCCAGCAGGCACAGCACAGCCCCUAGCAAACAGCCACCUGCUAGCCACACAGUCCAGAGCCCCGACCCAGAGCAGGGCAGGCCUGCAGGCCGAUGUCCAGGCAGAGCCUCCCACAGGGAUUGUUCCUCAGACCUUCAGGGAACAGCCUCCAGAAAGCCGAGUGAAUCCCCCAGGGAGCACUGCAGAGGCGCCUCUGCCGGCGUGCACCCCAGAUCCUGCGAGGAUGGUGAUAGCUACAGGCAUCAGGGAACAUCCUCUGCGGAGAAGUGCAGAGGUGAGACCAAUGGCGAACACCAGCGGUGUGAGCAGGGCCCAAGCAGAGCCAGGCAGCCCGUGUCCACUGGGUCAGCGGGGCCUGCCGAGAAAGGAGAGGACUCCAGCCCUGCCAUUACAAGUGCUUCCCAGCGGGACCGCCCCCGGAAACCCAGCAAGAGACAGGACGGGGCGCCCAGGUCCAGAGGUGCGUCCCAGAAAAGACGCACCCAUCAGCUCAGAGACAGGUGCUCCCCCGCUGGGUCCAGCCGGCCUGGCAGUGCCAAGGCGGAAGUUGCCCGUGCUGAUCAGAGUUCUGUCCACCAUGACACACCAAGAAACAAGGUGACCCAGGACAAGCUUGUAGGAGGGGUCUCCUCGGAUGUGCCACUCAGCCCAGAAGAGCUGGGGUCAGGAUGCCGGAAGCUUUAUGAGGACGUGUGUGCGUCUCCAGAGAACAAUGUGGCUCACGGCCCCCCACUUGGACAGAGUGUGAAUAUCCACCUUCUUCCCGUAGAACAGCGCCUGCUGAUAAUCCAGAGGGAACGGAGCAGGAAGGAGCUGUUUCGGAGAAAAAACAAGGCGGCGGCCAUCAUCCAGCGAGCUUGGCGAAGCUACCAGCUCAGGAAGCACCUGUCUCGGCUUCUGCAUUUGAAGCAGCUUGGAGCCAGAGAUGUGCUCAGAUGUACUCAACUGUGCGCAGCCCUGCUCCUCCAGGCUUGGAGGAGAGAACUGGAGCUCAAGUUCCCAAAGUCCAUCUCAGUAAGCAGAACAUCGAAGAGUCCAUCCAAAGGCACGUCGGCCGCAAAGGCCGCCAGGCACUCGGUGCUCAGGCAGAUCUACGGUUGUUCUCAGGAAGGGAAAGUACAUCAUCCCAUCAAAUCUCCCAAAGUCCCUCCUGUGCUUCAUCUCAGUUCAGUGAACAGUUUGCAGUCUAUACAUCUUGACAGCAGUGGAAGAUCAAAGAAGUUUUCUUACAAUCUGCAACCAGCCAGUCAAUCAAAAAACAAGCCAAAGCUUUGAGCCUGAAGGAAGAUCAGAACCAGUGUGGACUUCUGCUCUGUAAACUCUUACUCAGGACACCUAAGGCCUCAUCACCCGACAUAUGUGGUCAAAGGCAGCGUUCAGGCGUUUUCUCCUGGGUACUCCUACCAGCACACUUUUCCAUUCCUCUUGGCACGCACUGAAAAGGACCAGAGCAGAGUGCGCGGACAGACCGCCGAGCUGUGCGCCUCACCUCAGCUGGCGUGGCUGGAGAAGAAAACUGCCACGCUCCUCAGUGCACUAAAGGAGCCGUGGGCCGGGAUUUCUCACAGCUAACCUGCACAGGCCUGGCCUCUUCACCCUAGGAAACCUGGGCCUCAGCGGCCACCUUCAAUUCUUUACUUCCCUGGAACAUACUGUGUGACAAACAUCACAAGAGACAGUUUAAAUUUUAGAUCAAAAUCAUGGCUUAGUGUUUGCAUUAGAAACCAGCCAUUGUACUAGAGCGGAACUGAGGAGUACAUUCUGUGGCUUCCUUACAGUUUUCAGUUUCCAAAUUGGCCCUGGAAGACUACGCGCUGCAGCUGUGUGCUCUCUGACUGGGGCUUUCUCUGCUGAGAGGCACCAGUGACAACACAGCACCAAGAAGUCGGUAGACAGGUUUGCAGCAGAAUGCGCCAACCAACUCUGGCUUCUCUUCCCCUUUGCAUUCUGACCAACUUGCAGAAGAAAAUAACCUUCCCCAAAUGCAAUUUCUUUUGUGAAAGUAACCCACAUUCUAGCUUUCUAAGAAUACUUGCCUUAAAUAAAGUCUAGUGAUUAUGGACUUUUACAGAGGCAGCUAACAUCAGGUCAUUCCUGUGCUAACACUAAAGGACAGGAAUUUACGUCAUUUAAUUACACUGACUUUGGUAUAGUAAAUUAUAUUCAAAAUUAUGGAGACAGUUUUAUCUAGACAGGAUCACAAAGAUUCACUGGUGAGUGAAGGCACCAUAGAUCACUGUAUGUCUUAUAAACAUUUAUCUUUUAUGAAAUUCACAAUGUUCUAAUGCCUGUCCUUGUAUCAUGUGCUAAUCCAGGCAAACAGUGUGAGAUCACUAAGAACUCUUAAACCUUAUUUUCCCACUUUUGUAAGAAGGAAGCUCACGAACAACUUCUUUAAAAGUUGAGUUUAAUGGCAAAUAUCUGUUACAUCAGUCUCUCUUCAAAAUAAAAUGAAUGUGCAUGAA